AAAGCGGAACCAUUGCGAAGGGACACUGGAGUAGAGGACAUCGGAAACAUUGAGAUGUGAACACCAGGCGUUUCCGGUUUAAUGUGUUUUUAAAUUUUUGAAAGCUUGGGCGACGGAUUGGCAGACAUGUCCACGCUGUUCCCCUCUCUCUUCCCCCGGAUAACCGAGACCCUUUGGUUCAACCUCGACCGGCCCUGUGUGGACGAGACCGAGCUGCACCAGCAGGAGCAGCAGCACCAGACCUGGCUGCAGAGCAUUGCUGAGAAAGACAACAACCUCAUGCCCAUUGGGAAACCUGUUUUUGAGGCAGGAUAUGAAGACGAGGAAGAGGAGGAUGACGAGGAUGAAGAGGACAGCGAGGAAGACUCUGAAGAUGAAGAGGACAUGCAGGACAUGGAUGAGAUGAAUGACUACAAUGAGUCACCUGAUGACGGAGAGAUCAAUGAGGUGGACAUGGAAGGACCAGAUCAAGACCAAGGACAAUGGAUGAUUUAAGACGGCGAUGUCUGGCACUGGAUUUUUACUCCCAUUUUUACUCCCACAGCAGCUGCACAGUCUGUGUCACAGAUGUCUUUUUAUUUCUUUGAGCAAACAAGACAAAAAUAUAGUUGAGUCAAAGGAUGUUGGGUGAAUCCAGCAAAAAGUACUUUUGAAGCUGCCAACUGCCUUUGAAGGCUCUGAACGCCGUUGAACUAGAUGUGAGUGUUGCCACCCUGUGCACACACACACACACACACACACACACACACACACACACACACACACACACACACACA